CCAAGGCGGACCGGUCUUGGGACAUCGAGGUUCCCUGGCCACCAUGUACAUGAAGCUGCGCUGUUGGGAUGAUGCCAUCAAGCUAGCGGAACGGCUACCAUGGGCUGAAGGAGCUGAAGGAAGCCCAAAUGGAUCUUCGUGUCCAGAAGAUGGUUCGGUGAAGUUCUGGGAUUGUUCGGGCGUCUACCUCGCCCCGUUGCUGCAUAACGGUGUACCGUUGGAGUUCUAGAACAUCCCGGGCCCGGCGCCUCAUCGCGUCCUCAUCGCAUUAGAGGAGCAGUUCAAAGUGUUUUCGCUGGCACAGCUCAAGCCGGUUAACAAGUACAAACUAACGGCACACGAAGGAGCUCGUGUGCGUCGUAUUGCCUUCGCCACGUUCAUGUGCACGGUACCCAUGACCCAGGCACACGGUAGCCCGGCUAAAACGGCCCCUAAAGUCACCUCUGCGUCAACGAGUCCGGCAGCACCCAGCACUCCAGGCGGUGGUACCGAUCAAACGGCUACAGGAGGGAACACUCCGCUUAACAACGAACCAACGGCACACAGUGCGGGGCCUGAGAUAACGACCCACUGCGAAAUCAGUCUACUGUGUUUGACCACUCUGGGCGAUUGUUUGGUGCUGACGGCACCGGAGCUCCGCCGACAGCUUCAUUCGGCUGCCGUUCGCCGUGAAGACAUCAACGGCAUAUCAUCAUUGUGCUUCUCGAGCCACGGUGAGGCGCUUUACAUGAUGUCUUCGUCCGAAGUUCAACGUAUCAGUCUUUCGGGUACAAAGAUCGUGACACCGACCGGUAUGAUCGAUGUCGAAGAUUGGUCAGCUCCGGUUGGUGGCGACGCUGACCAGGAAGAAGAAGAAGAAGAAGACGGCGCCGAUCGAGAUGACGCCAAUCGCCCAGAAGAUACUGCUUCGGAACGGGAAAUCGUCGGUAGUGCGGGGAAAAAAUGGUCCGCAAUACCGGACAAGUCGCCCAGAGCGGGUGCUCGCGUCCUUACGAAUGGGACUUCGGGCUCUACGACAACAGAAGAGAUUGUCGGAUGGCUUUCUUUACUAAGCACGCACACCAGCCAAUCGUCCUCUACGUCCAAAAACAGCGAAGUAAUCAGCUUGAAUUCUUCCAACUUCAAUGACCUCAAGGGUAUCGGUGAUACCACGGAGAAAUCAUUAAAUUCGGCGAUCAUCAAAUCGAUCAUCACAACGGUCAAGCAUUCGUCUAACGUAUCAAACGGCGAGGCGAAGGAACAAAGCAAAACAACGACCACUACCAGCACGACCACGUCAUCGACAAAUAUAACGGACGAAUCCGUUCCGCCCCCCACUUCCAACCACGGUACCACCACCGCUGAUUACCGUGCUGCGGAAGGAGAGCCAAUUUUAAUACCUCUGCAUGCGGAGAAGUAUGUUGCCGAUUUGUUAUACCGCAGACAAAGCGGUAGAAGGUAUUUUUUCCCGCCGCGAGAUGUUAUGGAAAUUUACGAGUAAUUCAUGAAAAAGUAUUACAAUUAUAACGUAUCCUAGCACCUAAUGCUAUGACGACAAGCAAACCACACUCUCGCGCGAUCACUUCACAUAAACACCAGACACACGCAUCGGAGUAUUCUGUCUGUGCUAUUUAGCAACUUACUACAACGAAAACAACAUGUCAUUAGAAGAAAAAACAGGAUUCUUAUGUACCCGUCAUUAUCGCCUCCGCUGGUGCCUGUUCAAGCGAUCACGGUAGAUUAGUGACGUUACGUAAAUGUGUUAGUCGGCGGAAUGGCGUCGGUGGCGGCGUCGGCGGAUGCAGGGGGUUCCCAUUUGCCUUCGAAACGGUUUAACAUUUUACUGACAGUUUACAGUUUGUCAAGUCCUUAUUCAUGUUAUGCAAAUCUUAUUACUUUAUUCUUUUGAGAAUAACUGCUUUUAUGGUAAGAGAGCUUCCGGUAGCUUUUCAGUGUUUGUUAGUAUAAAGUAUAGCGAACCCCUCUCACUUUCGACAGUCGCCGAUAAGUCGGUUUGUGGGGAAAGAUCUUGAUUAGUUAAUUUAAGGAAAACCACCGAACGACCGGCUAUAAGGUGGCGCAGUAUAGUUCAAAAGGCCGAAGAUGAUGACGUGAAACAUUUUUAGCAACGAGCAGCGAGUUCAUGUUAAAUCGACGAUUUUAAAGCGCGUUGUUCGUUCUAUCGUAUCGCCUAAUUAGCUUACGAAGCGUUGACCGGACGGAUUCUGGCACGCAGAAGAUGGAAACGAUGUUAGGAUGUAAGCCAAAAGGUAAAUGAGGGAGCUCAAGUUAGAGAGAAAGAACGAGGCAGAAAACCCUAGAGGUUUUGCUUUGAAUUGAAACGUUCAUGUUUUCAACGACUGACCGGUGCUAGGCAAGCAAUUGGAGCUCGAGUUCUUUAUUGUAAGUUAUCUGCGAUUUUAACAUGGUUGUGUAAGUUA